CUUUUGCCUGUCGCCUUGUCUUUGGGACAGCCUAUCACACAUCAUCACUUUUGCAGCACCAACUGGGAAACUAACUUACCUGCAAACCUCUCCUCCAACCAAAUAAAACCCACCACCACCACCAUCACCACCACCUCCUCCUCCUCCUCCUUCAUCGUUUUUGACUACUGCCAUCUGACAUGGAGAGCCAGCAAAGACACGGACAGCGCUCACUUUGCCACACCUGCAGGAGAACGGAGAGCAGCAGAAUGAAGGUCAAGAAGAUGUCUUCGUCCUGUCCUGUGCUGCUGUUUGCACUGGCCCUGGCGCUCCACGCUGUGGAAGUGGUCUCGACGGAGACGCUGUGUGGGGGAGAGCUGGUGGACGCGCUGCAGUUUGUCUGCGAAGACAGAGGCUUUUAUUUCAGUAGGCCAACCAGCAGGGGUAGCAACCGGCGCUCCCAGAACCGUGGGAUCGUAGAGGAAUGUUGUUUCCGUAGCUGUGACCUCAACCUGCUGGAGCAGUACUGUGCCAAACCCGCCAAGUCCGAAAGGGACGUGUCGGCCACCUCUCUACAGGUCAUGAUGCCCGCAAUAAAGCAGGAAGUCCCGAGGAAGCAGCACGUAUCCAAGUAUUCCAAAUACGAGGUGUGGCAGAGGAAGGCGGCCCAGCGGCUCCGGAGGGGUGUCCCCGCCAUCCUGAGGGCCAAAAAGUUUCGGAGGCAGGAGGAGAACAUCAAAGCACAGGAGCAGGCAAUCUUCCACAGGCCCCUGAUCAGCCUGCCCAGCAAACUGCCGCCCGUCUUGCUGGCCACGGAAAACUAUGUCAACCACAAAUGAGCCCGCUGCCAGCCCUUUGCACAGACAAGAGUUUGGAGGGAGAAAAAAAAAAAGACUAGGGGAUGAUAGCUUUGUCUCUGACGUCAUUUCUGUGGCAGUCCUCUCUGACCUCCCCUGCCCUGUCCGAGCCCACCAAUCCCUCCCCCUGCUCUCAUCCACUACUUCUUGACCCUCUGGCCCUUUUCUAUUGCCCCCGUCAAACCCAACCACCCACCCUCCUCCGGCACGCAAACAUGCCUUCACAUUCUUCCUGUCUGAAGUCUUUCGCUCCCUCUCUUUCAGUCACUGACACAAAAGGCACAAACACAAAUGAUGAACAAAAAGUUAACAAUUCGGCUGAAUGCAAUUCAGGUGGAUCCUUAAGCAAAAGAGAAAAGGGAAGGGAGAAAAGAAGAUGAAAGAGAUCUGUGGUUUGCAAGUGUCAAGAGGACACCCAGCGGAAUGUUUUUUUGUCCUUGUGGAAGACAACUGAGAGUGAAGAGCAGCUUGCAUGAAAGAAUCCAUUCCACAUCAUUUUUCCUGAGGCAAAAAGAAAAUCUCUGUUAGUUCUUUUUCUUAUUAGUUUGCACCUCUACCUAUAAAGGGACUUCCACACUGUAAGGAAUUAUUUUAUAAAAUUAGAUUCCUGUUCCAGCACCUUUUGAUCACAAACAAAAAGCAGAAAAGAGUCUGCAAAAUUGCACAUUGCCACGGAUUACGUCAAAGUAAAGAAAAAAAUGGCACUAUUUUUUUAUGAACAAUGAACGUGUAGCUUAAAAAAAUGUCAUGGUGCUAGCUUUGGGAAUGGACUCAAAGAAGAGGUUGAACAGCACGUUUUUUUUUCUUUAAAUGAAUAUUAAAACUUUCCGUUUUAAGGAAAGUGUGACUUUAAAAAAGAAAAUAAAGGAUAUGGGGGAGCUCCUGGCAGUGGCAAUGUCAAGGGGGAAGCGUCACUGAGAAAAGAUUCUGGCUGUGUUGGCGUCUACGCUCACAGAGAGUUCUAGCGGCUGCUCAUCACUAGCUUGCCAGCAUAAGCGGCAUGAGGGGACCCGAGACCCAGUCCCUGUUGCUCCUGUCCCUCUGAGGCUGCCGGACACAGGGAGCAGCGUGGGACACAUAUGGGACACCAUGGACUGCCUGGAUUGGGACAGUACAGUACUACAGUUCUGGGACAGUACUUCCUGUUCGCCAUGGCUUUGCAGACUGUUCGGACAGGAAGUAUCAUGGCAUGGACAAAGAACGAGUGGGAUAAUGAUGAUUAUAUUUUAUUUUGUCUUUCUCUGUUUUCUUUUCAUAUCAAUGUUUUAAUGAAAAAAAAGGAAAACCCCGUCAGUUUCUGGUACCGUGACAUUCCUGUUUUUCCAAGUUAGGCAUUUUUUUUUGUUUCCAUGGUUUUUUGUCAUGAUGUUAUUUUACAGUUCUAAAGAAAGGCACAAAUUUCAAUUCAAAGGGAAAAAAACAGCAAUAAUGUCAACUAACAAUUUAUUUUUUAAUGUAUAUCAGUAGUAUUCACAUGCUUUUGCCUGAAAACAAAUACUUGAAUAUAUAUAUAUAAAAACAUUGAUAUAUAUGUAUGUAUGCAUACUGUAUAUAUACAUAUAUAUAUAUAAAUAUAUAAAUAUAGAUAUAUAAUUAGUUUCCAGGGACGUUGUGUUAUUUUCCUUUAGUCUGAGCUGUAUCUUGCGUAAUGAGCCGCCAAGCUUUUUUGUUUGUUUGUUGAAAUACAAAUAAGGGCACUGUAUAAAGGCAUUAUUUAUUUUGUUAUAAAAUAUAUUUGAAAAAUUGGUCCAAAUAAUAUACGUAGCACUGAUGCUCAACUGACGGAUUUUUUUGUAUGAUCUCUGUUUUUCGAAUUGGAGUUGUAAGGCUUUUUUGUAGAUGCUUUGUACCAAAAAUAAUGUCUUUUUUUUCCUUUUUUUGUUUUCCAUAGUUACUUUAAAUUAAUAUUUUAACAGCAGCAUAGCCUGGAUUACUUAGGCAUGUCUUGUCACAGACACAGGCACAUACUCUGAAUACUUUGGUCUGCAUGGAUUUCCAGAAGCCUGUCAGGGUUGUCUGUGAAAAAGGAAAAAGCAUCAACGAGUGACUUUUUAUUAUCAGUGGAAAAUUUACUGCUCAACAUUUGAUUGUACUCAAACCCACUAUGUUUUUGAAGCCACUUUAGUAUUGAUGGCGGGGAAAAUGACCAGUCCUUCAUUAAAUCAUGUCUUUAAUUGUG